AUCAGGCACCUCCCUCUGGCGCCGGAGCGGGUCCUGGCGUUGGGCAGUGUUUGAUCUGCGGUUCCUGAGCUGGCGUGGGUCGUUUGUCGAUUGUUGCCGGUUGCCAGUCGUUUUUCGGAAAGCCGGCAGCCGGCUUUUUCACCGGGUUCUGCUUGAGGCCGAGUCAAAGAGUGGCUGUGACUCGGGAGACGGAGUGGGACACCCGGCUGGGCAGGCCUGGUCCGAGCACCCGCGACCCAGCACCACAGGAUGAGCCCGUGCCUCUGAGGCGAGAGGCUGGUGAGGAAGAAGUGUCCAACCUGAGAGCCGUCAGAGCAGCCCUGGAAGACGGGUGGGGGCUGCUGUAGAUAGACCCUGACGCCCAGAGACCUGCUGGGAGGCUGUGGCGCGAGGUGGGACUCAAAUGCUGGAGGAAGGUGAGGAGUGGUAGAGGGAGCGAUCGUCAGGAGAUCGGCCGCUGCCUCGUUUGCCCACGACUGCGGCUGUGAGAGCCGCAUCAGAACUCUCUUCAUCUCUUCCGCAGUACUACCUUCCCCAGACCCUGCCCUUCCCCAAGAGGAAAACACAGGAGAGGAAGGAAUGGCUGCUGGUCUCCUCACAGCUGGGCCCCGAGGAUCCACAUCCUUUAGCAGUGUGACAGUAGCUUUUGCACAGGAAGGGUGGAGGUGCCUCGUGUCUACUCCAAGGGACAGGUUCAAGGAGGGGAUACCAGAAAAGUCCAGGAACCUUGUCCUACUAGGACUUCCAGUUUCCCAGCCUGGCAUGAACUCCCAGUUGGAACUAAGGGAAGGCGCAUGGAUGCUGGAGGGCAAAGACCUGCGAAAUUCCUCUCCAAACUGGAAGAUCGUAUCUGAAUCGCCACCAGAACAAGCCCUUUCUGAAGAAUCAUUCCAACACCCAAGUGUAGAGAUGUCCCCUGAGGAUUCAGACCACAGGACCGGUGAACAUGAGAAGAGCUUCAACCUGAGACCAGUCCUCUCUCCACAGCAGAGAGUGCCUGUGGAGGCAAGACCUCGCAAAUGUGAGGCACAUACCAAGAGCUUCAAGAACUCGGAAAUACUGAAACCUCUCAGAGCAAAACCAUAUGCAUGUAAUGAGUGUGGCAAAGCCUUCAGUUACUGUUCUUCCCUUUCUCAGCACCAGAAGAGCCACACUGGAGAGAAGCCCUAUGAGUGCAGUGAAUGCGGGAAGGCCUUCAGCCAGAGCUCAUCUCUCAUUCAGCACCAGAGGAUUCACACUGGAGAGAAACCUUACAAGUGCAGUGAAUGUGGAAGAGCCUUCAGCCAGAACGCCAACCUCACCAAGCACCAGCGAACCCACACCGGAGAAAAGCCCUACAGAUGCAGCGAGUGUGAGAAAGCCUUCAGUGACUGCUCAGCUCUUGUUCAACAUCAGCGGAUUCAUACUGGAGAGAAGCCCUACGAAUGCAGUGACUGCGGGAAGGCCUUCCGUCACAGCGCGAACCUCACGAACCACCAGAGGACUCACACCGGGGAGAAGCCAUACAAGUGCAGCGAGUGUGGGAAGGCCUUCAGUUACUGUGCAGCCUUUAUUCAGCACCAGCGAAUUCACACUGGGGAGAAGCCCUAUAGAUGUGCCGCGUGUGGGAAGGCCUUCAGCCAGAGUGCAAACCUCACCAACCACCAGAGGACUCACACUGGGGAGAAGCCAUACAAGUGCAGCGAGUGUGGGAAAGCCUUCAGCCAGAGCACAAAUCUUAUAAUCCACCAAAAGACCCACACCGGUGAGAAGCCAUAUAAAUGUAAUGAAUGUGGGAAAUUCUUCAGUGAGAGCUCAGCCCUUAUUCGACAUCACAUAAUCCACACUGGAGAAAAACCUUAUGAGUGUAACGAGUGUGGUAAAGCAUUUAACCAGAGCUCAUCCCUCAGUCAGCAUCAGAGAAUCCACACAGGCGUGAAACCCUACGAAUGCAGCGAGUGUGGGAAGGCCUUCAGAUGCAGCUCUGCCUUCAUUAGACAUCAGAGACUCCACACUGGAGAGUAACCAGGAACACGGUGGAAGUGGAGAGAGCCCCGGAAAUGCCUACUCAGGACUAAGGAUGAUGGGUGAGGACCCUGAGAAAUGCUAAAGGCUUGAAAGCAUCUGAGGACAUCUGGAGUCUGUAGCCCAGAGCCACAUGCAGAAAUACCUUCAAUAAAUAGCCACUAUUUCAUAUGCU